AAGGAAACAUUCUUGGUAUCCAUGCUCCCAGCAUUUAGUUUAUGUCUUGCAUUGAACAGCAUUUCUUAAACAUAGACGUCGUACAUCUACCGGACUAAAGCGUCAGCAUUUAUAGAUACAGAUUCCUUUCUCGACAUGUCUGAGAUGAAAGCUGACGAAGAUGGAAUGACGCCGAAGACAGUGCCACUAGAUGAAUUACUGCCAAGACUAGGACACCCCGGGAAGUUCCAAGUAAUCACCUUCCUCCUGCUUGCCCUAAACUACUUGUCCGUGGUUUUUAACCACGUGUGUAUGGCGUUCUACGGCUCCGCGCCUAAACACCAGUGUCAAGACAGUUCCAUAGAGGCUGGAAAUACCACCAUUCUGGGUGUGACGUAUGGAAAGUGUGUAACGUCCUACAUCCUGGGAGAUGGUCAAAACACGACAAUCACUUGCGAGUCUGACCCAAACGGGCGCUGGAACUAUUCACUAUAUACGGAUCGCGAGACCACCAUCGUCACACAGUGGGAUCUAGUAUGUGAAAAUGGCUACCUUGGUAAGCUGGCUACCACUAUAUACUUCCUCGGGGUAAUGACAGGAGGUGUGCUGUUUGGGCAUAUCGCUGACUUCUUUGGACGGAAGUGGACCAUGUUGCUUUGCUUGUAUACUCCUGUUGCCAUAGGAAUUGGUAUAUACUUCGUUGAAACCUUCACCGAAUUUGUUGUUUUGAGAUUCUUUCAAGGAGUAUUUAUUCAGGGACUGCAGACGUCUACGGUUGCCCUAGUGAUGGAGAUGGCGGUUCGGGAGUAUCGUGGAAUCGCCGGUGCAGUGUUCGAGUGUUACUGGGGAGCAGGAGUACUGAUCCUGGCAGGCAUAGCCUACUUCAUCCAAACGUGGCGAUACAUCCAGCUGGCCAUUUCCCUUCCUGCUAUCCUGCUUGUGUUCCAUAUAUGCUGGACUCCCGAAUCUCCACGAUGGUUGGUCAUGAAAGGGCGGUUCGAUGACGCGGAGGGUGUGGUGAGAAGAAUCGCCAAGUUCAACAAAUUACCGUACCCAGGAGAUAUUAUGAAUGCUAUCCGGAAGGAGGGAGUCCCCUUGGACGAUAAAAACAGAAAACGGUUCACGGCCCUUGACCUUAUGACGUCAUCAAUAAUCAGAAAUAGGACAUUCCUGUUGUUUUAUCUUUGGUUCGCUACGUCUAUUGGAUAUUACGGCCUCACAUUCCAAAUCACCAGCCUUGCAGGGAACAAGUAUCUAAACUUCUUCAUCGGCGCAUCAGUGGAAAUGGUCGCCUAUAUUAGUGUGAUAUACAUUAUCAAACGAUUCGGCCGACGUAAGCCCCUGACUUUCUACUUCCUACUUGCCGGAUCUUGCUGUAUUCUGGCUGGUGUGAUACCGUUUGCUGGAACAGGUGACGACAUCUCUAAAGCAUCUACCAGUUUCGCAAUCAUUGGUCGAUUUGGUAUGGGCGGCGUAUUCAGCGUUAUUUUAGUGUAUACAUCUGAGUUGUACCCUACUGUCAUCAGGAGUAUCGGAAUGGGUGGCUGUUAUUUCCUGACAAGAGUAGGAGGCCUACUUGCUCCGCAAAUUCUCCUGCUGGGUGACUACACGCAUAAAUCGGUUCCAAUCAUAGCAUUUGGUGCGUUGAGUGUGAUUGGUGGAUUUUUAACAUUGAUUUUACCGGAGACACUUGGGAGAAAGCUUCCGGAUUCCAUUGAAGAUGCAGAAAAAAUGCGUGGUAACAAAAUAAUCAAGAACGUGGACGAGAGAAGUAAUCGUACCCCAGCUGUAAAUGAAGGCUUCAAUGGAGAUACUCAAACUCAUUUGUAGCGAUCUCGAAAAGGACAUCAUCGUUUUCCGGAAUCCCGGCAAAGGAACACAUUAGUUUGCAUACCUAUUUGCGCAUGUAUUUCGCGAGUGGCUGCAUCAUGAAGACGCUAGCCAAGUCAAAUUCCGGCAAAAUUCUCGUAUUUAGAUGCACUUAUGCUUUAUCUAAUGUGAUAAAUAGACCCAGAGGCGGAUCCAAGGGGGUGGCACAUGCUCUAUUUAGCACACAGUUAAUAUGGAGUUAAUAUAGCAAAAGUGAUAUAAGGAAGAGUGUUGCAUGAAACACAGGUAAAUAACAGGUAUUCACAGGUGAAAUGUAGCUUUUAGGAAAUAGUAUAUAAUUGACUUUCCAUUGUUUCAUUAAACAACACCUGCCUGUUGUUGGUAACGAUGUUAGCACUCAGAAAACACCCCGAUAAAUGUAUAUAUAUAGUGCAUGUAUUUCUUAUUGUAUAAGUAAUGUUUUAAAUAAUGCUUUAUAAAGUUAGUUUAUUAAUUACGGUAUAACCCCAAAAAAUAAUCCGUUAUUCCAGAAUUAUAGAAAUAAAUUUCGAUAUUUUAUACAUUUUUAAAUUCGAUAAACCAUUUGUAAACAAUAUCUCAAAUGAUAAUCAGUAUAUUGAAUAAUUCAGACAGAUUUUAAAUAUGUCAAUAUUAUGCUGAAACGGUGUGUUUUAAAGGGAUGACAUUUCAAUCUUUCAAAUGACAGUUUAUGUAUA